CUGUGAAUAGCAUCAUGGCUGGUAAUUACAAAACUUUUAUGAAAUUAUUGGAAUCGUGGCCUCUGGAUAAAACCAAAGUGGGCAGCGAUUUGGGACAACACAUACGUGACCAGUUAAAGAUUGCCUUUGCAAAGGGUGACGCUAGCCAACCAAAUCCAGAACAGUGUAAUCGUUAUUAUGCAAGUUUGAAAAAAAUUGCAUCGAAUCAUUAUGGGCAACUUUAUAGGCGCUCUUUAUUAAGCACUGCAAGUGGAUUGAAUAGAGAGCAGUGUAACUUAGCACUGACGCCAGAAAUGUUAGAUUAUUUAAAGGAAGAAGAGAAGGGAUUUCUUUACAAAAUUUUUGGAAAGAUUCGAAAUUUUGUAAACAAUGUUAGGAAUAAGAAUUAGACAUUUUAUAGAUAAGUUCAGUAAGAAAAGGUUUAUUGACAAAAAACAUGCAUUAUUGGCAAGUAUAGAUUUAUUAUAUUCUGUUAAUAUGAGACAAUAUAGCAAUGUCUGUCCUGAUGGAUAUUUACCUGUUAUGGCACAGGAAGUAUUAACAUAUAUGGAUUUAUCACCAGGCAAAACAUAUGUAGAUAUGACAUUUGGUGCUGGUGGACAUACCACUAAAUUUUUAGAAUAUUUAUCGGAUAUAAAGAUAUUUGCGUUAGAUAGAGAUCCUGUAGCAUACAAAUAUGCGCAACAGUUAUCACAAAAAUAUCCAGGAAAAGUAAUCCCUUUGUUAGGUACCUUCUCUGAACUACCACAAUUACUUAAACAGUAUAACAUCAAAAGAAAUAGCAUAGAUGGAUUUUUGUUCGAUUUUGGUUGUUCAUCGAUGCAAAUUGAGGAUGCGAACAGAGGUUUCUCUUUAUUAAAGAAUGGACCAUUAGAUAUGAGAAUGAAUGGAUGUUUGAAACAACCUACUGCUGCAGAUGUGUUAGAUAGAGCAACAGAGGAGGAUUUAGCUCGUAUCAUAAAAGUUUAUGGACAAGAAAAGCGUGCUAAAAAAAUUGCGCGUGCCAUUAUUGAGGCUAGAUAUAUGUUUAGGAAAUUAGAAACAACACAAGAACUGAUUCAGUUGGUUGAAUCUGUUCUAGAUGAUGAAAUUAGAACGGAUAAUCUCGACAAAUAUUCGCAUAGUGCUGUAAAAACAUUUCAAGCACUUAGAAUUUUUGUUAAUAAUGAAUUAAAUGAAAUCAAUUAUGGUAUACUUCUUGCGAAUAUAUACUUGAAAUUAUCUGGUCGUUUAAUAACUAUCUCUUUUAACUCACUCGAAGAUACUAUAAUCAAAAGACAUCUCUCUGGAAAUAUAACAGAUAAUGUUGCUAAUACUGUGGCAUUAAAAUAUGCGAAUUAUGGUAAAGUGUUUAAUACAAAUGAAUUUCAAAUAUUGACAGAAAAACCAUGGAAAAUGAUGCAUAAGCAUGUUCUAACACCUACAAGUGAAGAAAUUGAAAUAAAUCCGAAAUCACAAUCAGCGAAAUUGCGUGCCAUUAUGAAAGUAAAAUAAAUCUUUUGUAUUUUAAAAUUUGCAAUAAUUCAUUUUCUUUAUUGCUAUACAAAUCUCUUCUCUAUUGCUAUACAAAUAUGUUGAGAUUGUAUUACUUAUAGUGCAUGUAUAUGUGUGGGUGUAUAUAUUCAUAUACAAUACAUUUAUUUUAAUGGAAUGUAUAUUAUUAUCAUGUUGUAUAUAACAUCAACAAUAUAUCAUGUUGUAUAUAACAUCAACAAUAUAUCAUGUUGUAUAUAACAUCAAUAAUAUAUUAUUAUG